AUGCUUGUUACCUCGGUUUUGUCUAGAACUACCCGUUCAACCUUUCAAUUAUUGCGUUCUAAAACUACUAUAACAUCAAGGUCAAGUCAUAUCAUCAAUAGUAAUAACUUAUUGUUCAAAAAUAAAUAUAAUCAACUUCCUUCUCUUACAACUCAAAUUCGUAACAAAGUUUCUGCUGUAAAUCCACAAACUCCUCCAUCCCCUAACGAUGCUUUUCUUCAAGGAAACACAGCCUCGUAUAUUGAAGAGAUGUAUGAAGCUUGGCUCAAAGAUCCAAGAUCAGUUCAUUUAUCCUGGCAAAUAUACUUCAAAAAUAUCAAAUCUGGCAUGAGCUCAGGAAUGGCUUAUCAACCUCCUCCUACUAUUGUUCCCUUGACCGGAAUGAGCACCACUUUAUCACCAGAUAUUGAAACUUAUGGAGCUUAUGAUGUUAAUGAUCAUAUGAAAGUACAACUGUUAGUAAGAGCUUACCAAGUUCGUGGUCAUCAUAUUGCAAAGCUGGAUCCUUUGGGCAUUCUAAAUCCAGAUUUAAGUGAUUCCAUUCCAAAAGAACUUGAUCCUAAACAUUAUGGUUUUUCGGAUGCUGAUCUUGAUAGAGGUUUUUUUCUUGGUGCUGGUAUCUUGCCUGGAUUUUCUGAAACUGGCAAAAAAACACUUCGUGAGAUUAUAGAUAUUUGCAAAGAAAUUUAUUGUGGUCAUAUUGGUAUUGAAUAUAUACAUAUUCCUGAUAGAGUUCAAUGCGAUUGGAUACGUGAAAGAGUUGAAAUUCCAAAACCAUAUAAUUAUUCAAUUGAAGAAAAACGAAGAAUUUUGGAUCGUUUGAUAUGGUCUGAUUCAUUUGAAAGAUUUGUUGCCACAAAAUAUCCCAAUGAAAAAAGAUUUGGUUUGGAGGGUUGUGAAAGUUUGAUUCCUGGAAUAGAAUCAAUUGUUCUUGGAAUGCCACAUCGUGGUAGGCUUAAUGUACUUAGUAAUGUGGUUCGUAAACCAAACCAAUCUAUAUUUUGUGAAUUCAGUGGUUCACUUGAACCAUCUGAGGAAGGAUCUGGUGAUGUCAAAUACCAUUUAGGAAUGAAUUAUGAUAGACCUACUCCAUCUGGUAAACGUGUAAACCUUUCAUUGGUGGCCAACCCAUCUCAUUUGGAAGCAGUAGAUCCAGUUGUACUUGGUAAAACUCGUGCAUUGCAAUUUUAUAUGAAUGAUGAAAAGGAAAGACUUCAUUCAAUGGCUUUAUUGUUACAUGGUGAUGCUGCCUUUGCUGCUCAAGGUGUUGUCUAUGAGACAAUAGGCUUUCAUGACUUACCAAAUUAUACAACCGGUGGCACUAUUCAUAUUGUUGUCAACAAUCAAAUUGGUUUUACUACUGAUCCUAGAUUUGCACGUUCCACUCCUUACUGUACUGAUAUUGCAAAGGUGGUAAAUGCUCCCAUAUUUCAUGUGAAUGGUGAUGAUGCGGAGGCUGUGACUUUUGUUUGUCAAUUGGCUGCAGAAUGGAGACAAACAUUCAAGAAAGAUGUGGUUAUUGAUAUAGUUUGUUAUCGUAAAUAUGGUCACAAUGAAGUUGAUCAACCCAUGUUUACACAACCUAGAAUGUACAAACAAAUUGCUAAACAAACUCCUACACUUGAUCAAUAUGUUCAUAAACUUCUUGAUGAAGGAACUUUUUCAUUUGCUGAUAUUCAAAAACAUAAAAAAUGGGUUUGGGACACUUUGGAAGAAAGUUAUACUGAAAGUAAAGACUAUAAACCUUCUGGCCGUGAAUGGCUUUCAAGUUCUUGGAAUGAGCUUGCCGAAGAAAUAACACCAGUUUAUCCAACAGGUUCACCUCUUGAGGCUCUUCAUCAUGUUGGUGAUAAGAUUAGUUCAUAUCCAAAAGCAUUCAAUGUGCACUCAGGUCUAAUUAGAAUACUUAAUGCUCGUUCUAAAUCAAUCAAAGAAGAGAAAAAUAUAGAUUGGCCAACAGCUGAAGCACUUGCAUUUGGAUCAUUGUUGGUUGAAAAUAGGCAUAUACGUCUAUCAGGUCAAGAUGUGGAACGUGGCACUUUCUCACAACGACAUGCUGUGCUUCAUGAUCAAGAGAAUGAAACACAAUAUGUUCCAUUGAACGACCUUGGACCUGGUCAGGCAUCUUUUACUGUUUGCAAUUCUUCUUUAUCUGAAUUUGGUACUUUAGGAUUUGAGCUUGGUUAUUCACUUGUUAAUCCCCAAUCACUUGUGUUAUGGGAAGCACAAUUUGGUGAUUUUGCAAAUAAUGCACAAUGUAUUAUUGAUCAGUUUAUUGCUUCUGGUGAAAAAAAAUGGCUUCAACGGACUGGUUUGGUAAUUUUAUUACCACAUGGUUAUGAUGGCCAAGGACCAGAACAUUCAAGCGGACGUCUUGAACGUUUCUUGCAGCUUUGUGAUGAUCAUCCUUAUGUUUAUCCAUGCCCUGAAAAAAUGGCUCGCCAACAUCAAGAUUGUAAUAUGCAAGUGGUGUACUGCACUACUCCUGCAAAUUACUUUCAUGUUUUAAGAAGACAAAUACAUCGUGAUUUCAGAAAACCUCUCAUAGUAUUUGCGUCGAAAAGUCUUCUUCGACAUCCAAUGGCACGUUCAACGCUAGCAGAAAUGACUGGUGAAACCCGUUUCAGCAGAUAUAUACCUGAUCCACAUCCUGAGACACUUGCUUCACCUGAAAAGAUAACAAGACAUGUUUUUUGUUCAGGACAAGUAUACUAUACAUUGCUUAAAGCACGGGAUCAAAACAAAAUGGAUCAUGUUGCCAUAUCAAGACUUGAGCAAAUAUCCCCAUUCCCGUAUGAUUUAUUGUCACAACAUGUUGACAAGUAUCCAAAUGCUCAACUUGUUUGGGCUCAAGAAGAACCAUUGAAUACAGGUGCUUGGAGUUAUGUUGCACCUAGAAUAAGAACUCUUAUGAAUCAUUCUGAGCAAGAAGCUGCUGUUCCAGCAACAAGACCACCUUCAGCUUCACCAGCUACAGGUAAUAAAAAGCAACAUAUUCAAGAAGAACAUGACCUAAUUUCUCAAGCGCUUAUUGGCCAAGUUAUCAAACCAAAAGAAAUUGUAGGCGGAGUACCAAUAUGGUCAUAA